AGUGUAUGGCAGACCCGCACUUCUCUCCUGCAGGAAAGCGCCAAAACACUCUUUAUUUCACCCUGGCAACGGCUGACAGACGCUAUGGCAACCGCUACAGAGAAAAUCUCUUCCUGACGAAUGAGCUGAGCCCACAUUUUCAUUAUAUGUGUUAUGAUUAUGAACAUAACAGUGAAAUGGAGGAAGUUGUUAUUGUGUACAAUUAACCUGGUUACAUUCGAAACGCGUUAGCAGGAGAAAAAAUAGAGUUGUGUACUGCCGAGAGAGACUGAAAUGAAUGAGCAGCCUAAACAAAGUCUCUGCGUGAUUUAGCGUCGCAUUCUGUCAAUAUCCCGGAUCUGAUUUUAAUUAAGUAACAAGCGCUUCACUUCGCCUGCGGGGAUGAUUUAACAGUCUGUGAAGCUUUUAGGCGUGUUCAGGGAUGUUUGCCAGGGGACAUUAACGCUUCACUGACCGACUUCUUUUAACAAUCGUUCCCCGCUCGAUUUAUACUGUAGUUGUGAAGAAACUCCGCUCAUGUCUGACUGGAACAACGCUUUCCUGAGCAGCCGCGUGAUCCCGCCUCACAGUCAGACAGCCAGACAAGCUCCAGGAGCUUCUCGAGGUCUACAGCUGCUCUUCAGACACAUCGAUGGACUUCACCUAAAACAGUCAGAGUCACCAGCAUCGCUCCAGUAUCAGCUGCGCGUGACCCUGUUUGACUCGGGUCACCAGCACUUCUUCGGGCGCACAUGGAGGAGCGGCUCAUACUCUGUCAGUGGCAUGCAGGGUCAGAGCAGUCGAGUGCUCUUCAAUGAGGUUGUGUACUUCCACACUUCAUUGUGUUUGAGUUCUGUGGUGGCAGUGGUGGAGUUGGUGUCUCUGUCAACCAGAGCAGACGGUUCCCAGGAUGCAGUGGGGUCAGGGUUUGGACUGCUCCAGCUCUUCACAGGUCACGCAGACACCAGCAUCUCUCAGGGGGAGGGCAGGUUGAGUCUGUUCAAUGGGACCCCCAGAGCCCUCCUGCACCCAAAGCUGAAAGACCCUCUGCAGUUGAAUGCUGUAUUAUCAGUGAUGGAGGGCUCUCAGCUGCUCUACUCCAUACAGCCACACCCAGCUCUCACUCCCAUCAUGCACCUGCUCCCGCCCAACAUUCUGGUGUCUGGACAUGACAGCAUCCCCGGUGUGGUGCCGUCCACGGACACAGGCACAGCAGAUGUGCUGCGGAAACCUCGUCUAUUGAAGAGCUUCUCGUGUGUGUUGGAUGGUCUACGUGUGGCACUCUUGCCCUCCGUGGAGGUCUUCGAAUCUAACCUACUCCAGCUGCUCAACAGAGACUGCCAGAAUACAAACAGGGGUGUGGAGGGACGCUCUGUAGUGGUGCAGGAGCGCAGACUGCUGGUUGGGGUUCAUAACGGCUGGGGUUGGGUGGAGAAGCCUCAUGUGUUGGUGCUGGAACGUGAGGCCGGAGGGAGCGGAGCAUCCAGGGCUCGUGGAGCCAGUGCAAGCGGCAGCUUCAGACAGACCUCCACGGACAAACUCAGUGAUGGACUGUCUCUUCGUGGCAGUGUGGAGCUGAAGAUGAUGAGGGACGUGGCUUUCAGCAUCGUCUUCCAGCUCCAGUAUGUUUUCUCUUGUCCUCUGGCUGGAGAUGGGCAGUCUGCAGACACAGAAUCACUAGCAGCUGUUGAAGUGUGUGGGAAGAAGUUUCCCUUGAUUGAUCAGCCCACUCUGAAAUAUAGAGUAUUGGUUCGGUGGACCUGUACUCACAUCCUUAUCAAUGUGCCCAUGGAGAAAGUGAAGGAAUAA